AUGGAAAACUUCCAGUACAGCAUCCAGUUGAGUGACCAGGACUGGGCUGAGUUUUCGGCCGCAACGGAGGAGUGUGGCCUCCUGCAGGCCAGCCUGGCCUCUGGGGAUGAGCUCUUGUCCGGUGACAUUGACCAAGGGGACAGCAGUGGCAGCAGUCCUCCUGCGCCUCCACCCCUUCUCGAGGGGCAGCCAGCUUCCAGGGGGAGGGGCUGCCCUGGCUUCAAGGAGGAGGACAAGGCAGCUACCCGGUCGCUGGUCAGCAGGUCUUGGCGUGAGCCUGUCUUGGCCCUGGGGGCUGAUCAGCAGACACCUAGCACGUCCGCACGGUCAGAAGCUUUGCUGUCCCUCAGAUCUGACGCUGCCCCCCUAGGCCAGAGCUUGUCCCUUCUAGGGCCAGUGUCUUCCAGAGACAAGAUGCAGAGGCUUCUGCAGGGGCCAGCCCCCCAGGGCCCUGUCCCUAGUCCACCUGGUGAGCCUCCCCAGAGCUCUGAGUCUCCUGGCUGCAGCACAGCUCCCCAGAAGCCCCCUGGAACCCCGCCACGCAGCCCUAGCCGAAAGAAGAGGCAUGCUGCUGGAGCCAAGGGGGGUGGGUGCUUGAGUACCCCAGGCUCUGCUCCCACCCAGCAGGGUUCCCUGCUGCUUGUUGAGGUCAGGCCCAAGGAGGGCCUUGGCCUGGCUGGGUCCAGGGGGAAGGGUCUCUCAGCUGGGACAGCAGAGCAGACAGCAGGAACCGGGCAGGAUGAACUGUGUCCAGAGUCUGCAGGAGCCCCUGCACAGGUAACCAGGCAAGGAACAGACCCGGAUCUGUCUACUAUGUCCGAGGAAGGUACAAACCUACUCAGCAUGACCCCCGGAGCUGAGCUACACACUGUGUCCACACCUGCCCAGGAGACUCAUCCAGAUAUCUCAAUGGCUAAGUCAGAUGCAGCUCUGUCUACACCUGCCUCCAAGCUUCAACCUGACACACCUCUGUUUACACCUGCCUCCAAGUCUAGGCUGGACACGGACCUGCCUAUGGUAGGCCCAGUGGUUAAGCAGGAGGUGGAUUUAUCUACACUUGUUCCACCUCACCUUGUUUCCAAGGCCCAAUCUGACGUGGAUGUGUCAACACCUGCUCCCAUUCCCCAGGCGGGGCCUGACGUGGUGAAGGUGGAGGUUGCCCCAACGGCCAAGCCAUGUUUGAGCCCUGUUGUGUCUCCAGGAGGACACCGAGAGAAGCCCAGAGAGGAGCCUUCAGCAGGUGCCGCUGGACAUCCUUCAGGGGAUCCCCCACUAGGCCCUGUCCAAGCACCCAAGAAGAAGAAAGUGCGAUUUUCCAUGGCUGUGCCCAGCCCUGAGGAGCCAGGUUCAGGAGAGACCUCAGGCCCACCCUCACCAGCCACAGCCCGGCCCUCAGCCCCCAGGACAGCAGUGGGGGGCCGAGGGGGGCCUGGAGGCUGGGACGCCAUGGCAGUUGGGCCCCGGUCUCCCCAGCCUCGGAUCCUCAAACACGUGCCUCCCCCUUCCCCCUCUGCUUCAGUGGGGCACAGGCCCGGGAGCAGCUUUGCAGUGACCCUCCCAGAGGCCUAUGAGUUCUUUUUUUGUGACACUAUUGAGGAGGAAGAUGAAGAUGCUGAGGAGGUGGCAGAAGCUGACCAGGCUCUGGCCGAAGUACAGUGGCCAGACAUGUGUGAAUUCUUCUUCCAGGACCGUCGAGCCCAGAGGUCUGGGCACUGGGGGGGCCACUCUGUGGCCCAACCCCCACAGGCUGACCCUGUGCCAACCCUUCCACCUGGAGACCCUGUGCCCAUCUCCAUCCCCGAGGCCUAUGAACACUUCCUUGGGGAGGACUCAUCGGGGGGCAUGCUGGAGCUGGCUGCCCUUCUCCAGCUACAGGCCACAGAGCCCCCCGGCUUGGUCCCCUGGGGCAUGGGGCAUGGUACCCCACCAGAGCCUACCCCAGACACAGCAGAGCAGUGCAGUUGGGCAGUCAGGCAAGCAGGGGAGCCCCGAGAUCCUCUCACCUCAUUUACCUUCGGCCAGGAUGACAUGUGCCUGGUGUUUGUGGCCUUUGCCACCUGGGCUAUGAGAACAUCAGACCUGCAUACCCCAGAUGCCUGGAAAACAGUGUUGUUGGCCAGCAUCGGUACCAUCUCUGCCAUCCACUGCUUCCGCCGGCAGGCGGGGCAGGGACGCCCCAGCCGCAGCCGCAGCCGCAGCCACUUUGCUGACUUCCCUAUCCUCGUGCUCUCUGAUCUCACGUGCUCUGACCCUCACUAA